AUGCGAACCCGCCAAUCCGUAUCGACGUCCCAUCGGGUGCGAGCCAUUGGCCGGCCAAGUAUGUAUUGUAACCCCGGGCCGUGGGCGAUGCUUCUGACUUGCGUGCAACGACUCGACGACGACUCAACAGAAACGCCUCAGUCCCAAGAGUAUGCCGACUUAGACAAUCGAAAGAUGGCUAUUUGA